AUCCUGUCUUCUCAAAACUCUGAAACUAAAAAAUAAACUCCAACUCGAAUUUCCCUCGCAACCGCUCAUUUUCGCAAGAUUUGAGGCGCGUUUUUUUUUCCUUUUCCCAGUGGGAAAAAUGGAUCGGUACCAGAAGGUGGAGAAGCCGAAGACUGAGACACCGAUAAACGAGAACGAGCUGAGGAUUACAGCUCAAGGGAGAAUGCGGAAUUACAUUUCUUACGCCAUGUCUCUGCUUCAGGAUAAAGCUGCAAACGAGAUUAUGCUUAAAGCUACAGGCAGAGCUAUAAACAAGACUGUCAUGAUUGCUGAAUUAAUUAAGAGGAGGAUUACUGGUCUUCAUCAGAACACAUCAACCGGAUCAAUAGACAUAACUGACACAUGGGAACCACUAGAAGAAGGCCUUCUUCCCCUAGAAACCACUCGCCAUGUUUCGAUUAUCACCAUUACUUUGUCUAAAAAAGUGCUGGUUACAUCUUCAAUCGGAUAUCAACCUCCAAUCCCAUCUGAUCAAGUGAAGGCAUCAGCUGCAAUUGAGGACACUGAAGGAGAGGUCUCUGCUGACAUCCAAGGCAAAGGACAUGGUGGUCAAGAGAAAUAUGGAGGCAAUAUCAAUGGAGGCAUGGUGGACCACAGGAAUGGAGGGCGAGGUUAUGGAGGCAGAGGUCGGGGUCGUGGUCUUCAAGGGCGUGGUAGAGGGUAUAGUGGUGGAAAUAUGCAGUGGGAUUCGGGAUAUUAUAAUGGUAAUGGUCCAUCAGGACCAUUUCCUAGACAGGGUCGUGGUGGAGGACGUGGGAGGGGACGAGGACGUGGUCGUGGACCUCGUGAUCAAGGCUUCAGAUCUGAUGGUCCAGUCCAGAAAGCCGCUUGAGCAUCUACCGAGCCAUGGUUUUAGAUUGAAACAAACCAGUGGGUGGCUGCUGGUCUUUAUGCAUCAUUUAAGGCUUUGAUUGCAAAAUUGAGUGGUAAGGGACCUUAUCUGUUAUUGUCUUCUAGUCCGCAAUUUUUGUAGGAAAGUUGGUAGGUCGUGGAUAUUUUAUCACGCCGUGCUAAUGUUUCUGCAACUUUUUAGCUUUCUUUUUCCUUUUUAUUAGAAUUGAAAUGAUUUUCUCGAAAUAAUAGAGCAGCAG